AUGUGGGAUUCAAAGUCAACACCGUUCAAGAAGGAGGCGUGGACGGAGUAUGGAAUUGGAGUUGCGGUAAUCUUGCUGCGAAUAGGCGCUAGAUUGAAAAUUGGAGAGCUCGCCAUGCUGGAAUUAAUAGGACGAACCGGGACGAAUAUCGGCCUAUCGGACGCCCAAAGAGCUGCGCUUACCCCGGAUGAAAUUGCAACAUUGGAGUUUGGCACCAAAUGCAAUUUGGCGGGCUGGUUGAUGUAUACAACUCUCAUCUGGUCUCUCAAAGCAUGCAUGCUGUUCUUUUAUGCCCGUUUAACGAUAGGUCUAUACAAGGAGAAGAUGGUCAAGGUUGCUGCAAUAAUAUGCACAUGCACAUAUAUUAUCAGUAUGAUAACCAUCCUAACACAUUGUCAUCCUAUCGAAAAAAACUGGCAGGUCAAUCCAGACCCUGGAGACCUUUGUACCCUGGGUAUUCCGAACUACAUUACAGUAGCAACAACGAAUUUGCUAAAGCUGGUCAUUGGGCUCUUGCUCUGUGGAGGCCUCUUUAUCAUGGUCGCAACUCUUCUCCGUUGUAUUUUGUCCAUCCAGUCCAUCCAUGGUAUCAACAUCAGCACUAUUUGGGCUAUAAGAGAAAGCUUUGUUGCCAUUCUUGCUAUCAAUGCGCCUUGUAUAAAACCAAUAUUCAGCCCCCGGGCCUGGACGGUUACAAGCGACGACUCCUCACCUAGAAAUAGCGAGAACCCAUCCUCGGUGGGGACAAGCAGUCAUCAACUUAGCAAGAUGUCUAAGUCAUCCCGGUUUGACCAGUUAUCUGUUCUCAGGACAGUCGACGAUCACUGUAGUGAGGAACUAUCACUUCCAUACAACCAGGCACAGAUGGGAUUUGCUAGCCAGGCUACUAACAGUGCGCGCGGGGCCACUGCGUUUUCAGAAGACUAG